AAAAAUAAAGUUCUGGACCUUCUGGUUGACUGGUUGGUUUGGAAGAGUAUACCAUGAUUGGUGGAUGAAACCCCCUUCUCCAUCUACCCUUCUUCACUUUUUUUUUUCUGCCCAAUGCCAAUCGCUUUUUUUUGUUUUUUUGUCUAUAACAAAACCCAAUCUUGAUGCUGUACCACGCUGUGGCAAUAAUUGUUGUCAUUGCUUUAUAUACCUGCAGUCAUUGUAUUGUUCGUACUUGUUUCUAUUCAAUACUUGGAUAAAGCUUUCGAUCAUAAUGUCUAUUUUUCUCUUUUCAAUAUGUAGUUAAGCUGGUUCCUUGUCUUCCAGCGACACCAGCUCCAACUUAUUGUAUUCAGAAGGGAAAAGAAAAGACAAAGAGGUAGAUAUCGUCGAGUGAAUAGUGGUAACAAUGGAACAAGAAAACAGUGUAAAUCGUGGGGAUAGAGAUUGGCAUGACAAUGAAGAUGAAGAGUUGUUAGUUGCAAAGGAAAUUGAGUCAUACAGAGAACCACUGGUGAUGAAGCGGGUCAACACCACCUCCCAGAUUGCCAUUGUUGGAGCAAAUCUUUGCCCCAUCGAAAGCCUUGACUAUGAGAUUAUAGAGAAUGAAUUGUUUAACCAGGAUUGGCGAUCAAAAAAGAAAAUUGAGAUAUUUCAGUAUGUUGUACUCAAGUGGGGAUUUGCACUUAUCAUAGGUCUGUUUACUGGACUUGUUGGCUUCUUCAAUAAUAUUGCCGUCGAGAAUAUUGCUGGUUUCAAGCUGCUGCUGACUGAAAAAUUGAUGGCUCAGCACAAGUAUUACAAGGCUUUUGCAGCAUAUACUGGUUGCAAUAUAGGCUUGGCAGCUGCUGGAGGAGCACUUUGUGCAUUCAUUGCUCCAGCCGCAGCAGGAUCAGGUAUUCCUGAGGUGAAAGCUUACCUAAAUGGCAUAGAUGCUCAUUCAAUACUGGCUCCAAGUACCCUUUUCGUAAAGAUUUUUGGUUCCAUUCUUGGAGUGUCUGCUGGAUUCGUCAUGGGUAAAGAAGGUCCCAUGGUUCACACAGGCGCUUGCUUAGCCUCUAUUCUUGGACAAGGGGGUUCUCGCAAGUACCAUUUGACUUGGAAAUGCCUAAGAUAUUUCAAAAAUGACCGGGACCGACGAGACUUAAUUACUUGUGGAGCGGCUGCUGGUGUGACUGCAGCUUUUCGUGCUCCGGUUGGCGGUGUCCUCUUUGCCCUUGAAGAAGCAGCUUCCUGGUGGCGAAGUGCUCUUCUUUGGCGGACUUUUUUCACCACAGCGGUCGUCGCAAUAGUUUUACGAGCUUUUACAGAGUAUUGCUCCACAGGAAAAUGUGGGCAGUUUGCGCAAGGAGGUCUAAUAAUGUAUGAUGUCAGCUCAGCAAAGACUAUGUAUGGUGUCCAAGAUAUGUUAGCUGCAUUACUGCUAGGACUUAUCGGGGGUGUCUUUGGAAGCCUGUAUAACUAUCUUGUGGACAAGGUCUUGCGUACCUAUAGCAUCAUUAAUGAAAAGGGAGCUGCUUCCAAAAUUUUUCUUGUCAUCAGCAUUGCACUCUUGACAUCUUGUUGCUCUUAUGGCCUGCCUUGGCUUGGAACGUGCAUCCCCUGUCCUGCCGAUCUGAUGGCAAGCUGCCCCACUACUGAUGGAUCUGGUAACUAUGAACGCUUCCAAUGCCCAUCAGGUUACUACAAUGACCUUGCAUCACUCUUUCUGAAUACCAGAGACGAUGCCAUCCGCAACCUAUUUAGCUCCAGUACCAAAGGAGAAUUCCAUAUUUCCUCCCUUUUCAUUUUCUUUGCUGCUGUUUACGUUCUUGGCAUUAUCACUUAUGGGAUUGCUGUUCCCUCUGGACUCUUCAUCCCUGUCAUACUAGCUGGGGCUUCCUAUGGCCGUCUUCUUGGGAGACUAUUUGCUUCUAUCGCUAAACUGGACACUGGUCUCUAUGCCCUCCUUGGAGCAGCUUCCUUUCUUGGUGGUACCAUGAGAAUGACAGUUUCUUUAUGUGUAAUACUUCUUGAACUAACUAAUGAUUUGUUAUUGCUCCCCCUUGUGAUGUUAGUUCUCCUUAUCUCCAAAACUGUGGCCGAUACCUUCAACAAGGGUGUAUAUGAUCAAAUAGUGAAAAUGAAGGGAUUACCUUACAUGGAGGCUCAUGCUGAACCUUACAUGCGGCAUCUGGUUGCCCGUGAUGUUAUCACAGGUCCACUAAUCUCCUUUAACGGUGUUGAAAAAGUGGGGAAUAUAUUGCAUGCUUUGAAGACUACAGGGCAUAAUGGAUUCCCUGUGAUCGAUGAACCACCAUUUUGCAAUGCAUCAGAGUUGUGUGGGCUUGUUUUGAGGUCCCAUUUGCUCGUUUUGCUUAAGGGAAAAGUUUUUUCUAGAGAGAGAGUACUUGCCAGAGAAGAAAUAUUAUGUAGAUUCGCAGCCUUUGAUUUCGCCAAAGCUGGAUCAGGGAAGGGAAUCAAUCUAGAGGAUGUAGAUAUUGAAGAGGAAGAGAUGGAAAUGUUUGUAGAUCUCCACCCUAUCACAAAUGCAUCUCCAUACACAGUUGUAGAGACAAUGUCACUAGCCAAAGCUGCCAUUCUCUUCCGUCAAGUUGGUCUCAGGCAUAUGUGCGUGGUGCCAAAGAGUCAAGCGAGGCCUCCGAUUGUUGGAAUUCUGACACGGCACGACUUCAUGCCACAGCACAUUUUGGGACUUUAUCCGCAUGUCAAUCCUCACGAGUAGAGCAGGUUACUGUACCUGAAUGACUUCUACUAGACUGUUCGAUUUUUCCAUGUUUCGUUUUUUUGGCCCUGGAUGAUUUAAGUUGGUUUUGGUAUCUGAAAAUGGCUUGGAGUUCUGGAGUUUGUUGGUGGAGAGAGCCUCCAUACAACUCAGUUUAUACAUUUCAUUUUCUUGCAUGAUUUAGGACAUGAAUUAGUUGGUUUCAUUUUGGCAAGAUAUCUGUUGGGCAUGAUUCGCUGUUGUUCUGGUGUAUAAUUUUCUUUGUUCCUUUUCUUUUGAGAAUGCUUUGUGACUAUGGUGGAAUGAAUUCAUCAGUUGAGCUGUGCAAGUA